CCUCCCUUCCCGGCGUCCCGGAACCAGCGCCGCCGCCGCCUCCUCCUGACCCGGCCCGCCGGCAGCAUGUCAGCUCCCGGCGUCGCCGCUCGCAGGUGACCCCCGCCCUUCCGCUGUCGCCGCUUCCCCUCCUAUAUGGGCCACCUGCUCUCGAAGGAGGCAAGGAGCCUGAGUCGGGACCGCCGCCGCCCGCGGGGGAAGGUGCCGCCGCCGCGCAGCCGGAGCUGCUUCCUGCGCGGGCCCUGCAUGCUCUGCUUCAUCGUGCACGGCGCCAGCCCGCCCGCCCCGGAGCAGCCGCUGCCCGCCGGGGACCCGUUGCUGCUGCCGCCGCCGCCCUACGUGUCGCUGACCGCCGCGGAGCAGCGCGUCGCCCGCCGCCUCUUGCGCCUGGCGCCCGCCGCCUGGGAACCUCCGGGCCGCUGCCAACGCCUCUUCCUCUCCGGCCUACUGCCCUCGCCGGUGCGGGGCCUCCUGGGGCCGCCCGGCGAGGUCUCCUCCGAGAUGGUGUGCAAGCGCAAGGGGGCCGGGCUGCCCGCCUGCCCACCCUGCAAGCAGCCGCGCUGCGCCGCCGCCGAGCCCGAGCCCGAGCCCGGCGCCUGCCAGUGCCCGGCGGAGCCGCAGCUGCUCGCCCUGCCCGGCGCCGCGGGGGAGAGCGGCGGGGGCACCGCCGGGCAGAGCGGCGAGGGACAGCCCGCCUCGCCGCCGCCGCCUCCCGCGCCGCAGGACGAGAAGGAGCAGGGCCGGGAGGAGGAGAAGGAGCGGGGCAGUGAGGCGGGCUGCGAGGACCCGCUGGAGUACCCCGGCGACAGCUGCCGGGAGCCGCCGCCGCCGCCCACCCCGGACAUCAACCAGCUGCCACCUUCCAUCCUCCUCAAGAUAUUUUCCAACUUAUCUCUGAAUGAGCGUUGCCUUUCAGUGUCAUUAGUCUGUAAAUAUUGGCGUGACCUCUGUUUAGAUUUCCAGUUUUGGAAGCAACUGGAUCUCAGUAGUCGUCAGCAGGUGACUGAUGAGCUGUUGGAAAAAAUAGCAUCAAGAAGCCAGAAUAUUACUGAAAUCAAUAUUUCUGAUUGUCGCAAUGUGUCUGAUACAGGAGUAUGCAUAUUAGCAAUUAAAUGUCCUGGGCUCCUAAGGUAUACUGCCUACAGGUGUAAACAGCUUUCUGACACCUCUAUUAUUGCAGUUGCCUCUCAGUGUCCUCAUCUUCAGAAAGUGCAUGUGGGUAAUCAAGACAGACUCACUGAUGAAGGCCUGAAGCAGCUCGGUUCAAAAUGCAGGGAAUUGAAAGACAUACAUUUUGGGCAGUGUUACAAGAUCUCAGAUGAAGGAAUGAUCAUCAUAGCUAAAGGCUGUCUGAAGCUGCAAAGAAUAUAUAUGCAAGAAAACAAAUUAGUGACAGAUCAGUCAGUGAAAGCUUUUGCUGAACAUUGCCCUGAGCUGCAGUAUGUUGGUUUCAUGGGCUGCUCUGUUACUUCAAAAGGAGUCAUUCACCUUACCAAUCUGAGAAACCUUUCGAGCUUGGAUCUACGUCAUAUCACAGAACUGGACAAUGAAACCGUGAUGGAAAUAGUAAGGAGAUGCAAAAACCUUAAUUCUCUCAAUCUGUGUCUGAACUGGAUCAUUAAUGACAGAUGUGUGGAGGUAAUUGCCAGAGAAGGACGGAACCUGAAAGAACUGUAUUUAGUAUCCUGUAAGAUCACCGACUAUGCUCUGAUAGCCAUUGGGAGGUACAGCAUGACAAUAGAGACAGUUGAUGUUGGAUGGUGCAAAGAGAUCACGGACCGUGGAGCCACCCAGAUCGCUCAGCGCAGCAAAUCGCUCCGAUACUUGGGACUGAUGAGAUGUGAUCAGGUGAACGAGGCUACAGUGGAGCAGCUGGUGCAGCAAUAUCCACAUAUAACCUUCAGUACUGUGCUGCAGGAUUGCAAGAGAACACUGGAGCGGGCUUAUCAAAUGGGCUGGACACCCAAUAUGUCCUCUGGCUCCUAACCUUCUGUACCAACAUGUUCCACUCUGCUGCAUUCAGUAUAUCUAAUGGGGAUUGCAGAAGGGUUUAUAACCUUUCAUAUGAUGCAAUAUAGUUGUGAGUUUACAGAGGUUACAGUAAAAUGGCAAAAGCUGUACACUGAUCUUAACGUACUGUACAACUAAGUACAAAUAUUGAAGCAAAAUUUUGGAAAUGCAUUGUGGUUUUGUUUGCAUAAGAGUUAUAAAAGCCUUUGGCAAAUUUCUUGAAGUGGAUUCCUACUAGUUCUCUGGAUAGUUUUAGAUGUUAAGCUUGUUUUCCUCUGUUUACUUUGCCUUGGUCAUGUGUGUUUCCUUUGAUCUGUAAAUGGUAACUCAGUGCUAGCACCAGUGCAGUUGAUCAACAGAGGCCUGUGUUGAAACUGGGAACUAAACUUGAUGCUUUUUAUUUACUAAAGCUAUGCCAGACGUUUUAAGACACAGAAUAAUAUGAAAAUCUACAGUGAACAUUUUCUUAUCAACAUCUUACCUUUUUUUUUUCUUUAAAUAUAAGAAGCUGUACCAAUAUUAAAAUCUUUCCACCUUUUAAUAAUUAAUAAUUAAUUAAUGACAUUUUAAUAAUGAGAAUACUGCUUACCCUAACAAUAAUAACCAGGUACACUUCUUGAAGACAGAGAAUAAGUGAGUACACCAAAUAUCAGAAAUAAGUUGGCAAUGCUUAUUAUAUUUGGCUGAAAAUAAUUACUGUCUAUUGUAAAUGAACUUGUCUCCUCUGACUAUGCUGUUCUGUUGAUGAAUUGGAAAAUUCAGAUAAAUGGGUGUAAGUCAGUAACAGGAUCCCUCGGAUUUUACAAUGCAAAUAGUGCUUACCUUGAGAAGGCCAUCUAAACAUGAGUCCCAUCAUCAGUAUAAUUUUGUAGGAUCAGAGGCUUCUUAAUACAGUGUGUACAAGGAAAUAUCCAAAUUAAACACACAGAAUGUUUUAUUUUCUUUGUAGGACUGUUAUGGUUUAACCCCAAACAGCAAUCUAGUACCACACAGCCUCUCUCUCCCUCUCUCUCACACAUUGCAUUCUAAGGAGUUAAAUUGGAGCAGGGAAUUGUGAAAAUACAGACAUUGCAGCUUCAGUUUGGAGUUGCCUUAACCUUUAGAGUAUUACCAUUUGGUUAAGAAUGUUGUCAGGUGUGUAACACUGGAUAUUUGUUUUUCAAAGGUUACAGCAUUUUAAUCCAAACUAUGAAAUGCUUAAGCUUCAGCUGAAAAGUUGCCAUUAUUGUCAAAAUGUUUUGCUAAUCCAGAAGGCCUAAUGCAGCAUAACAUAGAAGCUUGUCUAGUAUGGCUGUAUAACUCUGUGAAGCUAUUUGUUGAUUUCCAUAGCAUAAUUUUUUACAGCAGAAACAUCAGCUCACAUUCCUUCCAGUAAGGAUGUUGAAUGUUUUAUUAGACUUUUAAAAAUGGGGAUGAACUAAUUUCUCUGGAAAAAAAAAACUUAAAGAUUUUGUUUAAAAUAAGUGGUAAAUACUUGUGAACAUGUGUAAUGCUAUGCUGUUUAUUUACUCCAAAAUGGCAACAAUAUUUUAAGAAUAAAGCCAGUGAAUUAUAUUGCAGAUAUAGUACAGAAUCUUAGUCAAUUUUCUUUUAAUGUCUCUUUAUGAGUGCAUUGAAAAUAUUCACACAAUUUGUAAGUUUCUAUUUUUUUGUGAGACCUUUGAUCUUGCAAUAAAUUUUAAUAAAAUAACAAAGAUGUGAUGUUUUCCAUUUAUCUGUGCUGCUAACUGUACUUAGACUGUACUAACAGAGUCUGGCAUCUCCAUCAUUGAAUAGAUAGACCUCACCUGGACCAGGAUCCUUAGUUAACUGGCCCUGCUUUGACUAACAGAGUUUAAAUAGAUGACAUCCAGAGACCCUUUUCAAUCUAAAAUGUAUUGUAACUCUGUGUAUUUUUAAAUAUUAUGGGUGUGGUUGGUCAUCUCUUUUCACUUCUGUCAUUUAAAUUGCUUCCAGUAGUUCUGCGUUUUACUGACUAUUCAUCUCUCAGUUUUAUGAACAUACUAAUCUAUAGAUCUCACUAUGACUAAUUAUUUUAGUUUUAUAUGGUGCAAUAACUCUACAUGGAAAUGUGUUUUUCUAAUUGCAGUGUUGACACAGAUAGUUCCUUAAUUUCCUUAUAUGAAUUAGUUUCCAAAGUAGUUUUAGAGGAAUAAAUAAUAACUUCACUUUGUUUCAUCUUUGACAUGUCAUGCAGGGGAAAUAUCAUUCUGGUGGAAGAAAAGCUACCACCUCUUGUAAAAAUAACAAUUACCCCUGUUUUCUCAUAUGCAAAACUUGGAGUGAACUCAAAAACUAACUCAUAGGCAGUUUCUAGAUUCCCUAGGUCAAAAAAGCCUACUUUACUAGGAAAAAAUGCCCUUUUUUUCUUCAAAUUCUUUGUGGGAACCUGCUAUUAAGGUAGGGUAACUUGUGGCUCAGCACUUGUCAGAAACAUUUCUAGGAUGGGCUUGUUCAGCCUUCAGGAAGGGCUACGACAACCUCUUAAGUGUUUUCUUAAUUAAGGUGUAAGUGGGUAUAGGAGAAAGACAGAUAAAGUUUCUUUUCAGUCAUUCACUCUUUAAAUCCAGGCAUAGUUAAGGCUUAAAAACACUCAGAUAGUUCACCUGGUGGUCAUUCCCCUUUUUCUCACCAUCUAAAUGCUAUGUGGAGGAGAGUGUUUUCAUGCGAUUUGUCUCACCCAGGGGAAUGGCUACUAUGAUGUUUCUCAUGCAGGUUCAAAGUCACAUCUCCCAGUCUCCCAAAUUAGUGGGAAAUUUAGUGACAUGCCAAAGGAUGGCAUACCUCCCUUCUUAGGAGGUACUCUGUGUAGUACUAGGCAUAUUUUAGUAAUCUUUGAACAAGGGCAAAGUAUAUUUCUCUUACAAAUACUGAAACUAUGUAGUUGAGCCAUUUAUGCCCCUUCAGAUGGGAUGAGUAUCUUCAAGCUUACAUGUUAAUGUUCUGAAACCCCAGGUGGGAGUUUUACACCUGAGCCAGUUGUGCAAGGGAGGACAUGGGCAUGGUAAAAAGUUUAUCCCACCUCACAUGAUAUGCUUCUUAUCAGCCUUCUCACUUACCUGGCUCGAAACCCAGCUUGCUGCUGCUGAACAAAUGUUGGUUUGUUGUGGCCAUCCUCCACUGUUGGUCGUCCUCCAUUGGCUCACCCCCUCUGCACCUUGGCUAUUCUUAGGCAGAUCAGAGAUUUUGCCACCACAUACCCAAAAUAUCUCCUCCCCGCUUUGGUUGGGGGAAAAACCUGCCUCCAGAAAAUCACCUGCUGCUUUUGCCAGUUGCUGAUAGAGUCAUUAACCUUUAACAUUUCAGUCUCUCACACUCCCCAGCAAAGGAUGGAUCUGUUGGAGCAAGACCAGGAUGAUGAGAGGGAUGGAGCACCUCUGCUUUGAUGAGACAGAGAGAAUUGGGAUUGCUCAACCAAGAAAAGAGAAAGCUUCAGGAUGAGGUAGCUCUGGCCUUCCAGUACCUGAAGGGAGCCCACAGAAAAGAUAAAGAACUUUUUACAAGAUCAUGUAGGGGCAGGUCUAGGUAUCCUUUCAAACUAAAGAGGAGUAGAUUUAGAUUAGAUACAAGGAAGAAAUAUUUCCUGUGAGAGUGGUGAAGCACUGGAAUGGGUUGGCCAGAGCAGCUGUAGAUGCCCCAUCAAGGGGGCAUCAAGGUCAAAUGGAGUUCUGAGCAACCUGGUCUCUGCCAGUGUAAGAGGGAUUGGAACAACGUGAUCUUUAAAACCCAAUAUAUUGUUUGAUUCUAUGAAAACAAACUGAAAUCUCUUUUAAAUGAGAAGAUAGCCCUGCUAAGAAUAAUUAACAAACAGGCUCUCAGUUGGGUUCCUCGUGAGCUCAGUGAUGUCCACACAGAUUAUCAGCAUAACUAUGGCCUUGCUGAUCCUUCAAAACUCUGGUGUUGACAAGAGCAAAACAAAAGCAGCAGGUCACAUACACAAUGGUUUUAUGAAAACAAGCUCAAAGCAAUCUUUCUUCAGGUCAUGGGAUCUUGAACAAGGAGAGGAAAUGGACUGUUAUGUCUAAUAAAGAGAGGAGAUGUCUAAUGAGAGGAGAUUCGAGGAGAUUCAAGGGAGAGGAGAGGUUCGGAGAGGAGAGGAGAGGAGAGGAGAGGAGAGGAGAGGAGAG